AUGUCCAAUAAGGAUGAAGACACCAAGCUUACAGUACCCAAGUUUUCAUCAUUCAAGUCGAAAUCCGAGAGUUCCGAGUUGAAAGCACCUAAAUUCUCUUCUUUUAAGCCCAAAGACAAGGACAAGGAUCACAGUGCAAAAGAAGGCUCCAGCCACAAAGAUUCAGCCGGAGAACGAGACCGCGACUCACGGAGGAAAAGAAGCCAUCAUCAUUCAGACUCACAUCGCGACCAUCAUCACUCCAAAAGACAUCGCACAGAAUCUCAUCACCGGCACCGAGAAAUUUCACGAAGAUCUAGCCAUUCAGAAAAGCCAGAACAUCGCCCGCUUACUAAACUUCCACGCGACAGCAAUGAUGGCGCAUCGCGUCUGUAUGUUAUCGACACCAAAGGCGACCCACUAAUCAUUCGAUAUGGAAAUCUUGAUCGUUCUCAGAUUCCCGCUUACUAUCGUGAUGGCUAUGGCAGGGUUCUUGGUACACGAGGUCGCCUCGUGAUUCAUCGCGAUGGACCUAGGGAUCAGUUUAGCCUCCGAAUGCCAGGCGAGGGCUCGUAUGCCUUCAAAGACAAGGACGGACUGCGCUCAAAAACAUGGCGCAUAAGGUCAACACCAUUAAGAGUCAAAUUGCAGGAGAGUUCUGCGCAGGACGGAGAAGAAAGUGACUUUUUGGCAGUCGGCUCAUCGAAAAAGCGCAAGCAUGACCGUGGUGCAUCCGAAUCUUCAGACGAUGAGGAACAGCCAUCUUAUCGCUCAAUAGAGGGCAAAGCAAAGCCGCGACAAUACGACGACAGCGACUUGGAAUCUGAAAGCGAUGUGCCUGCAGACCGUGUUGAUCUUGAUCAGAAUAACCCCCUGAAGUGGAAAUCGAUUCAGCUUUCAAGAAGAGUGAAAGAUCAGCCAGAUGACAUAGAUGCAUGGCUUGAGCUGGCAAAUCACCAGGAUGCACUUCUGAGAGCUGGAGAGGAUGUCGACCGUAAGGCACUAGAAGCAGAAGUGCAUAGUUUCGCUGAGAUCAAACUCCAUAUGCUCGAAUCGGCUUUGUCCAAUGUUACUAAUCCUGAAGAUCGUAUCAGAGUGCUGGUUCCACUGAUGCGUGAAGGAGUCAAGGUAUGGAACAGUAAAGCAACAGCCAAAAAGUGGAAUGACUUGAGUGAAGAUGAAGACAAAAGUUUCACGUUGUGGAAGACACAUCUUGAUUUUGACAUGUCCAACAUUUCCGUCUUCCAGUUUGAUACUGUCAAACAAAUGCAUCUUGAUCGACUGCGCCGUGUCAUAUCUCGAUCUCGAUCGAAUGACGAGUAUGAGAGUUUCAGAGAAGCUAUCUAUAUCUUCCUCAGACUGACGAGGUUUAUACAUGAUUCUGGGUACAAGGAACUUGCUGUUGCAGCAUGGCAAGCUUUUAUGGAGCUCAACUUCUUUCGACCUCCACAGCUGGAAGAGCAUAAUUCAGCCCUUGAGUCGCUUCGUGACUUUUGGGAGAGCGAAGUUCCUAGAAUAGGAGAGCCAGAGGCUCAAGGCUGGGCAAAGUUUGUGGAAAAUGAUGGAAUGGGCGAUGCCCCUGAGCCUCUGCCAGAUAACAAGCAGCCUGAGUACCAGUCUAGGGAUGACUACAAGCGUUGGGCGAGCUUAGAGAGCUUUCAAGCUGAGAAAGCAAGAGUACCGGCAAGGACUAUGGAUGAGGGGACAGAAGAUGAUCCUUUCAGAGUGGUUAUGUUCUCUGACAUAGAGCCAUUGCUAUUCAUGGUCCCCAGGCAUGUUUUGCCAGCCGUGCAGGAGCAGCUGCUCGACGCUUUCUUGAUCUUCUUUGGAGUUCCCCCUACCUUCUGGUCUGACAGAUGGACGGACGAGGCGUACCAUGAUCAAUUCUUGGCUCGCCCUACCUCGAAGUUGGAGUUUAACCCUCCUCUACCACUUUCAGGAGACGAGGAUCCCACAGAAAUACAGAGGAAGCCUCCUGCUUUUGACCAGAAGCCCCUCUGUGUUUCUAUAACCCCUGAACUUCUCUUCUCGAAGCAAGACUGGUUCUCUUAUUUACCUUCGAAGACGAGGGAGAACGAUGUUGAGCUUGGAUUCCUUACCAGCGCAACAAAACACUUGGUUCACAAUGCGAACUUGCCGGAUUUAGCUAUAUAUCAUCUAGCUCUAUGUGCAGCGCAAGAUCGUUCUGAUGUCAAAAAAAUAGCAAAGGCUUUGUUGAAACGAUUUCCGAUCAAUCUUGGCCUAUAUAAAGCAUACGCGCUUGCCGAGUACGCUAAUGGCAAUCGGGAGGUUGCUCAAAAGGUGGUGUCGUCUUCGACCGAGCUUGCAUCGAACUCUGCAACAGAUGCUUUUGCUCUUUGGAGAACAUGGGCUUGGAUGGAACUUGAAGAAAACAACAAAGCUUCAGCUAUUCGAAGACUUUGCUCUUCUGUGGAUGAGGUUUUGCGCAAAUCUGCUGGGAAUCUUGAUAUAUCGUCAAUGCACAUCCUCAAAGCCCACCAGAUCUUUACUUCUACCAUGAACGAUUUGAUCUCUGGGGGCAAUAUUGACCAUGCCGAAAUCCUUUCCGAAUGCCUAGUUCUGCUAUCUUAUUUGACCGCUGAGGGGUCUACGGAACCAAUGUCAAACUCUCAGGGAAGCAUCUCGGCUGCUAUAGACACAGUUAACAAAGUGUCUCAUGAGCUCAAAUCUCGAAACUACCAUACGUCACGAGCUCAUGAGAAGAUCUUGCAGUUUGCGUCAAUGUUACUAUAUUGGCACGCAACUAGAGGGCCUUUCCGUCGCGCAUACCUCCUCGAGCAAUUAAAGCACUUCCUGGUGUACUUCCCUAAGAACACCAUGUUCUUGUCAUUGUUUGAAUGGGCUGAUUCUGGGCUUCGUAUCAUCGACGAAACAAGAACUCUUAUGCACGAAACUGUCCUCACUCUGGACCAGGACUGUCUGAGCAGUCGUAUAUUCGCCAUUCAUCACGAGAUGGAACGUGGGAACGUCAACACAACAAAAGCAGCCUUCGAGCACGCCGUAUCGAGUGACGCCUGCAAGUACAACACAGCCUUGUGGAUCAAGUUCAUUCAAUUUUGCAGCUCGCAAAGAGAACUGCGACCGAAAGCUAAGGAUAUUCUCUUCAGAGCGUUGAGGCAUUGCCCUUGGUCGAAGGAUGUCAUGAUGGAGGCCUUCCUUACAGUGAACCGGGAUAUGGAUUCUUCGGAGCUGAAGGGGAUCUUUGACACUAUGACUUCAAAGGGCUUACGAGUGCAUGUUGAUUUGGAGGAGUUUUUGGACAAGAGAAGAGUUGAGCGGAAGGCGAAGAAGAGUAGACGAUGA